ACAGUUCUCAGCUGAGUGCCUCAGUCUUCCUGUAGAACAGUGGUGAUGUGCAAAGUUCGUUGAGACCUCUGGAAGAAAGCUGCUAGAAUGAAGGUCAUCACUUGUGAAAUAGCCUGGCACAACAAAGAGCCGGUGUAUAGCUUAGACUUCCAACACGGAACUGAUGGGAAAAUAAAUCGACUGGCCUCAGCAGGAGUAGACACUGCUGUUCGUAUAUGGAAAGUGGAAAAAGGACCAGAUGGGAAAGCAAUUGUGGAAUUCUUGUCCAAUCUAGCUCGCCAUACCAAAGCAGUGAAUGUUGUGCGUUUCUCUCCCAGUGGUGAGAUUUUAGCAUCAGGAGGAGAUGAUGCUGUGAUUUUAUUGUGGAAAUUGAAUGAUAACAAAGAACCAGAACCAAUAGCAUUUCAAGAUGAAGAUGAAGCUCAGCUGAACAAAGAGAAUUGGACAGUAAUUAAAACUUUAAGAGGCCACUUAGAGGAUGUGUACGAUAUUUGCUGGACCCCUGAUGGAAACUGCAUGGCAUCUGCAUCAGUAGAUAACACAGCUAUAAUGUGGGAUGUCAAUAAAGGGCAAAAAGUUUCAAUUUUUAAUGAACACAAGAGUUAUGUACAAGGAAUAACAUGGGAUCCUGUCGGCCAGUAUAUUGCAACUCUUAGCUGUGAUAGGGUGCUGCGUGUGUACAGUACACAGACUAAGCGUGUAGCGUUCAAUGUUACCAAGAUGCCAUCAGGAGCUGAAGGCGAGGUGAGAAGCUAUCGGAUGUUUCAUGAUGACAGCAUGAAAUCAUUCUUCCGCAGGCUUAGUUUUACUCCUGACGGCUCUUUGCUUCUCACUCCAGCUGGCUGUGUUGAAUCAGGAGAGAAUGUAACCAAUACUACGUAUGUUUUUUCGAGAAAAAAUCUUAAAAGGCCCAUAGCUCACCUGCCCUGUCCUGGAAAGGCAACUCUGGCUGUUCGCUGCUGUCCAGUCUACUUUGAGUUGAGACCAGCACGUAAGAAAGAUGAAGCUUCACAGAAGUCCAUCCCUGCUCUAAUAAAUCUGCCCUAUCGGUUGGUGUUUGCUGUUGCUUCAGAAGAUUCUGUGCUUUUCUAUGAUACACAGCAGUCCUUUCCCUUUGGUUACGUAUCCAAUAUACAUUAUCAUACUCUGAGUGACAUUUCAUGGUCCAGUGAUGGAUCCUUUCUUGCUAUUUCUUCCACGGAUGGAUACUGCUCUUUUGUGACAUUUGAGGAGGAUGAGCUUGGAGUACCAUUGAAAGAGAAACCAGUGGUGUGUGUCACGACUGCUAGUGCAACAGAGAAGAAAAUGAAGAAGAGUCAGUCACACAAGGUUGUCUCCCCAGUCCCCAGGCCAGUUGAUGGAACCCCUCCGAACAGGACCCUGGAUCCAAGUAAUCUCACUCUCCAGCCUAAAACACCAGCAGCAAUAAUAACCAACAAGGAUUCUCCCUCAACACCCGUUGGCAUCAAACAUAUUCCAGCUUCAUCUUCAGAGGAGAGGAAACCCAUGCAGCCAGCCAGCCAGCGUGCUAAAGUAAACCAGCCCAGGAGGAUUACUCUAAAUGCUUUACAAGGGUGGAGUAAGACACCAAGGAGAAUAAACUUGAUUCCUCUGAAGACAGACACGCCAAACUCAACACACACAAAUCUAGUGUCCACACCUUCCUCCUCAGAAGCAAUUCAACAUGAGAUACCUUCUCCCUCUGAUGAUCCUGUGCACAAUCCCCCAGCAUCUAAACGUCCCAGAACUGAUGAAACUCCUGUCUCUGCAUCUCCUGAAGAGCAAACCAGCUGUAGUUCAAACAACUGA